CCGGAAUGUCCGGUUGUUGGGGACUCGGCAGAGGCUAGUUGCUUCCGCCUUACCACUCAAACAAGCCCAUUGAGUACGGUAUUGCAGUCACAAGAUGAAGGCUUUUACUAAACUCUUAAUUGUUGGUGCUAUAGGAGUAGCUUUUGUUGCUUUCCAAUGGAGUGGACCCACCUUGGACUCAGAGUCUUUAAAGGGUGCACGGGUCCUGGUGACUGGUGCCAGUACGGGUAUAGGUGAACAAAUGGCAUAUCACCUUGCCGGCUUUGGUGCCCAGGUGGUUAUUACAGCCAGGAGGGAGAAGGUUCUACAGCAGGUAGUAGAGAAGUGCCAGGGUUUGGGGGCCCAGAAAGCUCUGUACGUAGCAGCAGAUAUGGCCAAUCCUUCUGACCCAGAGAGAGUGGUGCAGUUUGCUGUGGACAAGCUGGGAGGACUGGACUACCUGGUGCUGAACCACAUAGGUUCUAGCCCAUUCGCCAUGUGGGACGGAGAUGUGGAGCACACUAGAUGGUUAAUGCAGGUAAAUUUCCUCAGCUAUCUGCAGAUGGCGAAGACUGCUCUGCCCACCCUUGAGCAGAGUAGCGGUUCCAUUGUGGUCGUCUCCUCCUUAUUAGGAAAAAUGUGCAGCCCGUUUAUGGCCCCCUACACAUCCACUAAGUUUGCCCUGAACGGUUUCUUUGGGACGCUGCAGCAUGAGCUGGCCAUGCAGAGGAGCAACGUGUCCAUUACUAUCACCGUCCUGGCCCUGAUCGAUACGGACUCGGCUAUGGAGAAAGUCAAGGGGUUCACCAACAUCCCAGCCUGGCCGGCCAGUGAGGCAGCGCUUCACAUCAUCACUUCUGGAGCCACUCGUCAGACAGAGUCUUACUACCCCUGGUUCUGGUAUUAUGGCUCUCUCAUCAGAGACUGGUUCCCCUACUUAAGGGAUAUUUCUAUACGUAACCUUUAUAAAUAUUAAACAUAUGCUUGAAAUACACGUUAUGAUGACAAAAAAAAUCAAGAAAGCAUACAGUAUUAUAUAUAUAUUUUUUUCACCUUUAUUUAACCAGGUAGGCUAAUUGAGAACAAGUUCUCAUUUACAACUGCAACCUGGCCAAGAUAAAGCAAAGAAUGCAACACAAACAACAACACAGAGUUACACAUGGAAUAAACAAACAUACAGUUAAUAACACAAUAGAGAAAAAAAUAUAUAAAUUAUAUAGAGCCCUUAUUGCAUGGAACUUCCUUCCAUCUCAUAUUGCUCAAAUAAACAGCAAACCUGGUUUAAAAAAACAGACAAAGCUACACCUCACAGCACAACGACUCUCCCCUAUUUGAUCUAGAUAGUUAGUGUGUAUGCGUUGAUAUGUAGGCUAUGUGUGCCUUUAAAAAAAUGUAUGUAGUUCUGUCCUGCUGUUCUUGUUUAUUGAUGUUCUGUAUUACAGUGGCUUGUGAAAGUAUUCACCCCCUUCA